AUGAACAUCGGAAGCCAGAGGCAGAAAAUGAUGCGGCAGCGUGAGCUGGUGCUGAAGAGACAGACGGAGGCAGCAAAGUCUUUUGGGGUGCGGCCCCGAGCUGAUGCGCCCAAGUGUACUGCAGCACUCCACCACUUGCACCGAGUGCUGAGUGCCAGGGGUCCACCUGAAGCACCGCGAGUCGGUAUCGCUGCGGCUGAGGUGCAGGCCGAGCCCGAGGAGCAGACAGCGGCCGACGAGUGCCAGCAGGCACACUCGCUGGAGUAUUCCCUGGAGGAGGUGCUGCUUGCAAGUGGCCAGGCCAUUGAGCGGGAGGCUGAAGACCGGGGCCCUGACCACCUGGGACACGGCUGGGACCUCGAUGUGCAAAAAGGCAGUGGCGAUGCUCUUCUGCCGUGCAAGGGGGUCAGCGACCGAGCGCAGGUGCGGACGACGGAAAGCCCCGCGGCAAGAGGAGCUUCUGGCGACCCUGGAAAGCGGAGCACAGUGCCGUGCUCUGCGUGCCAACUCGUGUUUGGGAGCUCCCUGAAACCACAGUUUCACGUGCCUGGACGCAACAAGGUGAAGCAGACACUUGGCUGCAGACUUGUGGAUGUGCUCGACGAAGCAAUGUUGCCCACGUGGCGACGGGCCCCCGUGCAUGUCUUGGCAGCUCUGGCUCAGUGA